AUGUCUUCUGAGUCAGAAAAGGGUAAAGAGAGACUGAUUCAAGCUGCUAAAAUACUCUUCUUCCACAUACGAGAUCUGGUUUCCUUCAUAAAUAAGUUCAUUGAAUUGUUUAACCUCACGAUGAAGACUCAGAUCCUCCAGAUGGAUCUGAAAGAAGAUAGCUACAUUAAAGAUUUCUUUGAACAAAUGAUUAAAAUUUUUAAAGAGAUGCAAUUGAUGUUUGAGGCAAAGCACAAACAAAUGCAAAAGGAGCCUUUAUGUUCCAAGGUGGCGACUGCUGUGACUUCUGCAGUGGAGAAAUGUGCCAAUGUGGGUCCACAACACACAGCUAAAGAAAUGCUAAAAAGUAUCCAGACACCAGCUCUUGCCUCUGUGCUGAACAGUAGUCACAUCCUUGGGAAUCUGGAAUCUGCUCUUUCGCUCCUGAUACAGUUCCCCAUCAUGAGUCUUCGAUUAUGUGACUUCUAUAAAGAACAGCCAGGUACUACCACAUCCGAGAAGAGUCCAGCCACUUCAGAGGAUGCCUUGAAGAAGCUGCAAGAUGCCCUAAGAACUGAUAAUGCCCACGAGUCGGUAGAAGCAGCCGCAGAUGAACUGGAACAGUUUGUGAAGACUAUGGAGCCAACCUUACAGGUCCUCCAGAAAACCAUCAAGACCAUAGAAGGGGAUCUCUCCACAUCUAGGGAAGCCAAGGCCAAGUAG